GUUUCAUGUUGAAUGUAUUUUUGGCUAUUGUAUUGCUGCUGGGUUUGAGAUUCGUAAAUCCUAAAUAUUUAUUCAUCAUUCUGACCAAUAUUUGUAUCCUUUUCAGUAAUGUAAUCACAUUACUGGCUAUUCAUUUACAUUUUGAUAUUGAUUAUUAACAAAUCGUGUAUUUCCAACAUGGAUAUAAAAUUUAUGAAACCAAUACAACCUAAGGUCUUCAAAGCAAUCAAAGACCUGGAUAUUGAAGCUCUUAAGAAUUUUACACAAGAUGAAAUGAGACCUAUAAUACCAUGUUUGGUUCGAAUGACACUUAUUGCCCCACUCGACACGACCAGAGCUUGUGGAGAAGCUAAGAAAGACGUACUCACGCUGCUGGCCGGUAUAGACUUGGUUAAUUUCAUUGUAUCCCUGUUAUCUAUUGAAUUUAAUGCAUUAGAAAGUGACCUUAAGAAAGAGCAGCAAAUGAGAUUGAAAAAUGGAUCACAGUGCACUGAAACCUUUCUGAUACAAAGUAUAAAUAAUGGUAUAACUAGUGACUUUGAACAGUCAGACUCUCCUCGGAAAGUUCGAUUGGUUUUAUCAGAAUUGUUACUGAUGCAAGCACAGUUGGCUGAGUACAACCAAAACAAGAAUUCCAAUGUAGAAUGUGGUGUAAAGCCAUCAGAACUGUUUGACAAUGAUGUGUACCUGGAAGAAGUCACUGAUGUUAUCAACAUCAGUCUUGCAGAACUGCCAAACUUACUCAAUGUUAUUGACAUUGUUGAAGUGUUGCUUUAUGUCAACAAAGGUCCUAUUAUAAUAUCAUGGGUGCUGGCAAACAUGCCUGAUUCUGUACAAGAAGUGGCUGAAUCACUUGUGAUGAAUGCUGACAGAAGUGAAGAAGGUGGUAUUAGAGCUAAAACUCUAACCACUUUGUGUGCUGCCUGUCCACAUUUGGCAGCAGCUGUUAGAUCGAAAGCCGCAUCAGCAUCCCGGCUGCCUUCACUGGUCAUUACACUUACCUUGACGCAUCACCAUGAUGACUUGGUUUCCUUUAUGUCUGGGCUCCUACUUGGAUCGGACCAAACAACAAGAGCUUGGUUUGCUACAUUCUUACGUAACUCCCACAAAAGAGGCAAGGGUGAUGGGCAUGCGGCAUUAACAAAACUAAGGCAGGAAUUACUGAACAGGCUGAAAGAUGCCACUGCUGGUGUUGAGGCAUCAGCUCUACUGCGACUUUACUGUGCUCUCAGGGGGAUUGCAGGAAUAAAGUUCCAAGACGAUGAAGUAGCUGGACUAUUGAGGCUUGUUACACAAAAACCACCACCAACCCCAGCUGGAGUACGAUUUGUGUCCUUAAGUCUCUGCAUGAUUCUUGCCUGUCCGUCUUUGAUGGCUGCUCCUGACCACGAGAAAAAGGCCAUAGAAUGGGUGCAAUGGCUAGUUAAAGAAGAAGCUUACUUUGAAAGUAAUUCUGGGGUAACAGCAUCAUUUGGUGAAAUGCUGUUAUUGAUAGCUAUACAUUUCCACUCUGGUCAGUUGACAGCCGUCGGUGAACUAGUGUGCGCCACUCUUGGAAUGCGCGUACCAGUUCGCCCUAAUGGGUUAGCAAGAAUCAAACAAGCAUUUACUCAAGAAAUCUUUACUGAACAGGUUGUAACAGCCCAUGCCGUGAAAGUACCGGUAACAGCGAAUCUUAAUAGUAACAUACCAGGUUAUUUACCAGUUCAUUGCAUUCACCAACUCUUAAAAUCUCGGGCAUUUUCUAAACAUAAAGUCCCUAUUAAAAAUUGGAUUUAUCGUCAAAUAUGCAACUGCACAGCACCCUUGCAUCCCGUUAUGCCAGCCUUAGUUGAAGUGUAUGUCAAUUCCAUACUUAUUGUUAACAACAAAGGCACUAAUGAAUAUGUCAACAAGCCCAUAAUGGAAGAAGAAAUCAGGAAAGUGUUUAGAAAUUCCAUAUUUGGUGCAAAUUUUGAUGUACAGAGUAAACCAUUUGCACCAAUGGAAAUCGAUAAUGGAGAAACAUCUACAGAAAUUAACAUAGAAAAACCAACUCUUGCAUCACAGCUACUCUUAAUUUACUACCUACUAUUGUAUGAAGAUGUACGAUUAGCCAACACCGCGACACUCAUGACAAAUGGACGGAAAGUAAAGAGUUACUCAGCAGCUUUCCUAUCUGAGCUACCAAUAAAAUAUUUACUCCAUCAGGCUCAAAAAGACCAGAUGAGUUACGGUGGUUUAUUCAGUCCCUUACUUCGCCUAUUAGCUACGCACUUCCCACAACUGUCUCUGGUUGAUGACUGGAUGGACGAUCAAGUUUUUGGAGAUUCAAACCGCCACCAAGUAGAUGUAAAUCUUUCAGAAACCGCUAUAAACGAUGCAUUCCAAACAAUCGAAGAAAACCCCUACAAGACUGGAAAGAUUUUAAAAGCUAUGCUUAACAAGAAUCCUACAGACAUAUGGCCUUAUGCUGAAACAUUUGUAAAGUAUUUCAAAAGUGUACUUGGGGAUGAAGUUCCGCGACACAUUCAAGAAUUAUAUCACGAGGUAUGGUUACGCCUCAAUACAGUACUGCCGCGUUGCUUGUGGAUAAUGACAAUCAACGCUUUACUCGAUAUCAAUGGGGGUGUCAAGAAUGUAACCAUCACACAGGAGAACGUGUUGGUAGACCCUUUACAAGUGUUACGCUGCGACAUCAGAGUUUUCAGAUGCGGGCCUAUUUUAAAAAUAAUAUUACGGAUUCUCGAAGCAAGUUUAGCUGCUUCUAGAAGUCAACUUAGUCGACAUUUAUUAGACAAACCCUUGCUUGAAAAAAGUGGACAACUCAAUUCAGAUGCUGAAAGAGAAGAACUUAAGAAUGCUUUGGUCGCAGCACAAGAAAGUGCUGCAUUGCAAAUAUUAUUGGAAGCAUGUUUGGAGACUGCAGAGGACGAAGCCAAACCUGAGCUGAUGUGGUCUCUUCGUGAAGUGAGAAGUAUAAUAUGUUCUUUUCUUCAUCAAAUAUUUAUAUCAGAGCCAUCUCUAGCUAAAUUGGUACACUUCCAAGGGUACCCUCGGAAAUUGCUGCCUGUGACAGUUCAAGGAAUUCCUUCAAUGCAUAUUUGUUUAGAUUUCAUACCAGAACUCCUUAGCCAGGCGUCACUCGAAAAACAAAUAUUUGCUGUAGACCUUGUAUCACAUUUGUCUAUACAGUACGCCUUACCCAAAGCUAUGUCUAUUGCAAGAUUAUGCGUCAACACUUUGUCGACAUUGUUAUCGGUUCUCCCAAGUGACUUGCGAUUGGAACUGUUCCAACCGGUGCUUAAAUCUUUAGUAAGGAUUUGUACCGCAUUUCCGUCGCUACUAGAAGACAUAACUUCGCUGCUACUACAACUUGGAAGAAUUUGCGAGUCUCAGGCAUCUCUAGGCCAUUGCUGGAAUGAUACCAGUAUACUUGGUGAAGGAGCCUAUGUGCCUUCUGAUGUGCAACCUGAUACUAAAGUUUUGGUUGCCGAAGUUCUAUGUAGGGAUAUCAAAGUAACAAUGUCUGAAAUUGUUGAAAAAGCAUUAUUAAAUGAUAAACUGUAUUAAAUUUGUUCACCUUAUUGUAAGUGGAUUUAUUUUAUCAAUAAAGAAAUAAAAACAUUUUCAGUAA